AUGGUACGCUCGUGUCCAAGAGUCACCGAUCUACUCUCGCAGCUUGGUCUGCGGGCGCCUUUCACAAAGCGUGGCAUCGACUGGAAGCUGUCGGAGGCUGCUCCUGUCCACGACAUGUAUUUCAAAGACAUUGAUCAACUUUGCAAGACGCACUGCACCAAAGACAACGACGAGAUCUUGCACGGGGCGCAAGUUCGCCAUGCGGCCUUGUCCCUGAGCGAUCAGUACGGCCCGGAGAUAUGGACAUCGUCAGAAGCACGCCCAUGGCUUCUACAGCCAGGUGAAGGUGCACGGAGCGCACCAUAUGAGCGGGAUCUGUACUGGGACGUGCCCGUCGAUCGAGAAUUUAUACGUAAUACGCUAUCGAAAGUAGUCAUCGAGAAGAUCUGGCGCUAUCGAAAAGAGAACAUUCGCAAGAUGAGAGACGACUCGACGGACCCGAGCUACACGACGACAUCGCAAGUUCACGCAUCACGCAGCACCCGCGCAUCUUUGGCGCCCAGUCCGAGUACACUACAGUGCUUUACUGAAGGAAGCGGCAUUGACGCGCACUACAACGCUUCGUGGCUGAAAGAGAAUGGAAUAUGGCUGGGCGACAUGCACAACUACGAUCAAGCUGUCAAUGGUCCGUCUUUCGACGAUGUGUGCCAGAACUAUAUGGAUGCUACUUUUGGCGAUGAGGGCAAAGGGCGGGAAGAGCCAUACAUGUUUGACGAAGUGCCAGCAGAGCGAUCUAUAAUGCUCGAGUGUGCCGCCUGCAAGGCUUUCAAUUCCAAAAACUCUCCAGCAGGCCUGGUCAAGGUCAAAUGCGAAGGUAUUACACACGAAGAUCCCGACAACCAGACGGUCCUGCAAAAGAAUCUGUGGCAUUUCCCAUGCCGCCUUCGUGGUAGAGAAGUCUUCGCAUUAAUUCGAAGAGACAAGAGGAACCCCGACUACUGGUCGUUCUGGAGAGUCGACGGCGGCUAUAGCACCACAAUCUACCUUACCGCCACUUCCAAGUACCAAGCGUCUCCCGCAGCGAAAGGCAAAGGUCGCGCGGCAGCGACCGACGACUUCGCACAUGACGCAAAGCGCCGUCAUACUGAUAGUCAGGCGGUGGCAUUGUCAGAACAAGCGGCUACUGGAGCAGGAUUCCGCGCGAUAAAUACGCACGAGAACUCUCAGCCUUUAUCAGCCGCUGCAGCCCUCACUGCUGGCUCUCUUUUCGCAUCGCUGGGCUUUACGACGAGCGGCCAAAGAAGUGUUUCUGCAGGACCUGCGACGCUGCCUGCACGCAGCGAUGACUAUGAUAGCCUGUACGAUGCCACGCCUGCACCUCUGCUCCGGCCGAAUGCCACACGUGAAGGAUCUGCUGCUUCCGACGCGAAUAUAGCGGUGCCGGACAAGCAAGAAAGGAUAGCGGCAGAGCCAGUCAUGAAGAGAUCAAGCACGGCGUCUGCCCAGCCUUCGUUGGCUGCCUCCGAGCGCAUACGCAUCUGGCUUACAGCCGACUGGACAGCUGGUCGCAACGUCGUCCUCAUCAGCUCCAAUGUCAGUGUGCAAGAUCUAUACCACGACAUAAGCAAAAAGCUAAGCAGGAAACUACAAGGAAAGAGCAUCGCGGCGCUGAGCAUGUCCAUUCACAAGCUGGAUCACGGGACUGAAGCUAUCGACAUCGAAAUCGACGACGAAGCCGGGUGGGAGACUAUGCUUGAGCUCGCUCGUGAAGCAGGAACUACCGAACUCUCAGCUAUCGUCCUGCGAAACGACGACUAA